CACCUCAAUAACAAAUCAAAACCACCAAAGUUAUAAUGUCUUCUCGACAAUCGGUGAGGCAUCCAAGUCACAACCAUCCAUUGCGCAGUCACAAAUGCGAAGCAAAAGACGAAAUCAUCUGUUCAGGUUGCGAUCUCGAUCUGAUUGGUGCAGCUUUCAAAUGCUCAAAAUCAUCAGACUGCGAUUACUUCUUGCACAAGUCAUGUUUUGCCCUUCCACGUGAAACCAACCACAAAUCUCACCAGCCCCAUUGUUUAACUUUACUCUAUUCCCCAAAGUCGACGUAUACGUGUCAGGCCUGCGGUGAGUACGGAUCAAGUUUCACCUACAACUGUUCGAUCUGUCAGUACGAUGUACAUGUCGGUUGUGUUUCAAUGCCUGAAACCGUGAGGCGUGAAGAUCACGCGCAUCCACUCACUCUUCUUUACAGUUCUCCUUAUACCGAACCCGGUUUAGUUUUCACCUGCGAUGUUUGUAAAGAAACCGUACCGGAUAAUCUCUGGGCGUACUACUGCAUGGAAUGUGAUUACGGUACACAUUUACACUCAUGUGCGAGAGAGGAAGAAGAGGCAAAGAAAGGAGAAGGAGAAGGAAGCAAAAGCUCGGCGAAUCAAGAGUUAGCUGCAAUGCUCGAAGCUCAAAGAGAGAUGGAGAAUAUGCAGAUUGAGAUUCAUUUGGCCAUGCAGAGUGCUUUGUUCGCGAAAAAAGCGAAUAAGGCAGCUAUCAGUUAUAUCUAGUUUUAAGAAUUUGUGAUCCAUUUGGUAUUAUCUUCACUUUUCCAAUUUACUCGUAAUUUUGAAUUUUUUUUUACUUGCUGUUUGCUUUUCCUUGAUUUCGUGUUUCCAAGCUUUCAUGUUGUUGUCCUUUUUAUUUGUAAUUAAUAAAAGCGAAAAGUGUUGUUGCUU